AUGCUCAUCUUUGCGUCGACGAUAACUUCAUUUUCCCUGGACAAUGUCAGUGAGGCGGGUACUGUGGUGCUUUCCGCAGCAUUCUUUACAGGUAUAAUUGCCAAUAAUAUGUGGUCUAAUAACGCCGACUUGGUAAUCGGUAUCACUAGUACUCUGUCCCAAACUAAACCCUUUGGCAACGUUGGAGACUAUGAGAAAGGAGUAUCAUACUCGGUCAUUAUGGGAGUCUUUGCAUUUCUCACAUUCAUGGGUGGUAUCCAAAUGAUGCGGCGGGAUUUUGAUAAAAAGCCGACGCAAGACGACACAGAGGCGGGCAUGAAGGAGAAGAAGGAGAACCCGGUCGAUGAGCUCAUAGAAGGGAAUCAGGAACCUCAAACAUCCGGUAACAUACUCCCGGAAUAUGAGGAGAAGCAGCUUUCUCGUACGACCGGGACUGCUCUUGCAAAAUCGACGAGUCUAGAUGUGAAUGUCCCGCCUCAAGUUGAGGUUACAGGUCGUACGAAAGAGAAAGUCAUGAGUAUCGUAAGAGUGGUCGUUACAAUUCCGACUAUGACCCUGUUAUCGGCUCUUGUGAUCGCAGUAGUCCCUCAGUUACGAGCCUUGUUUGUGCCGACGACUGGUGUCAAAAUGCCGAACGCACCAGACGGCAGGCCGCCUCUUGAUUUCAUUUUACAAUUUGCAAGUUAUGGUGGUCAGCUUUCACCUGUCAUGGGUCUUGCAAUGCUUGGUGCCGCUCUUUCAAGGAUUACUGUGCGGCAUUUACCAAAAGGAUUCUGGAUGUCUAUCGCUGCCACUUGUUUUCUCAAGUUGAUCGUCGGCCCGAUUUUGGGAAUAAUCUGGAUUCAAGGACUAAAGCAUACACCACUGAUUAAAGAUGACCAGUUAAUGAUGCAGCUCGUUAUAGCGAUCACAGGAGCAAUGCCGUCAGCAACCAGUCAGGUUUAUAUCACGACACUAUAUGCUCCUGAUGAUGCUCCUGAAGUGUCUCAGCUAUCGGCAAUGUUGCUCGCUCAGUAUGCCCUGAUCGCACUGACUCUCCCGAUCGUGACGAGUUACACACUUCUUAAAGUUCUUCCACAAUAG